AUGCCCGAGCCGCCGGUGGCAGCGCAGGACGGCGACCGGCCCCGGCGGGCCCCGGCCGGCGAGGAGCGAGCGGAACCGGUGGCCCCGACCGGCGUCCUGGAUAAACUCUUCGGGAAGCGGCUGCUCCAGGCCGGGCGCUACAUCAUGUCCCACAAGGCCUGGAUGAAGACGGUGCCCACGGAGAACUGCGACGUGCUCAUGACCUUCCCAGACACCACUGAUGACCACACGCUGCUCUGGCUCCUGAACCACAUCCGCCUCGGCAUCCCCGAGCUCAUCGUCCAGGUCCGGCACCACAAGCAUACCCGUGUCUACGCCUUCUUCGUCACCGCCACCUACGAGAGUUUGCUGCGUGGGGCCGAUGAGAUCGGGCUGCGAAAGCCGGUGAAAGCCGAAUUCGGCGGAGGCAUGCGGAGCUUCUCCUGCGAGGAGGAUUACAUCUACGAGAACAUCGAGAACGAGCUUUACUUCUUCACCUCUCAGGAACGGCAAAACAUCAUCAGGUACUGGCUGGAGAACCUGCGCGCCAAGCAGGGCGAGUCGCUGCACAACAUCCACUUCCUCGAGGGGCAGCCCAUCAUUCCGGAGCUGGCUGCCCGCGGCGUCAUCCAGCAGGUCUUCCCACUGCACGAGCAGAGGAUCCUCAAGCGGCUGAUGAAGUCCUGGGUGCAGGCGGUCUGCGAGGCCCAGCCGCUCGAUGAGAUCUGCGACUACUUCGGGGUGAAAAUCGCCAUGUACUUCGCCUGGCUGGGCUUCUACACCUCGGCCAUGGUGUACCCCGCUGUCUUCGGCUCCAUCCUUUACACCUUCACCGAGAGCGACCAGACCAGCCAGGACAUCUGCUGCGUGGUCUUCGCCAUCUUCAACGUCAUCUGGGCCACCCUCUUCCUCGAGGAGUGGAAGCGCCGCGGGGCCGAGUUUGCCUACAAGUGGGGGACGCUGGACACCCCGGCUGAGUCCAUCGAGGAGCCCCGGCCCCAGUUCAGGGGCAUUAAGAGAAUCAGCCCCGUGACCAGCGCGGAGGAGUUUUACUACCCGCCGUGGAAGCGCCUGCUCUUCCAGUGCCUGGUCAGCCUCCCCGUUUGCCUCGCCUGCCUCUCCUUCGUCUUCCUCCUCAUGCUGGGCUGCUUCCAGCUCCAGGAGUUUGUGCUGAGCAUCCAGGAGCUGCCUCGGAUCAUCCGUUUCCUCCCCAAAAUCGUCCUGGCCAUCAUCGUCACCGCCUGCGACGAGGUUUACAAGAAGAUCGCGUACUGGCUGAAUGACAUGGAGAACUACCGCCUGCAGAGUGCCUACGAAAAACACCUCAUCAUCAAAAUCGUCCUGUUUCAGUUUGUAAAUUCAUACCUGAGUCUUUUCUACAUCGGAUUCUACCUCAAAGACAUGGAGCGGCUGAAGGAGCUCCUGCUCAUCUUCUCUCUCUCCCAAAGCCUCGUGCGUCAGCUCAAAGAGGCUCUCCUUCCCUUCAUCCUCCUCCACCUCCACCUCUCUUUCAUCUUCUUUAAGGGCCUCCUGGGCUUUUGCUGGAGACUGGGAGUAUCCAAAAUGCUGGCCACGCUGCUCAUCACCCGCCAGUUCCUGCAGAACGUCAGGGAGGUGUCGCAGCCCCACCUGUACCGCCGGCUGCGCCGGGGGGACCUCAGCCUCUGCAGCCUCCGCCAGCUCGCCCACGCCGUCCUCCGCCUGCUCGCCCCCCGCCGCCGCCCCCCGGUUCCCCCCGAGGGGUCGCGGGGGGAGAAGAAGUGUCUGAACGGGGGCUGCGGGGUGCCGGAGGAAGAGGAGGAGGAGGAAGAGCGGCGUGAGUCGGAUUCGGAGGAGGAGAGCGCCCUGGAUUGCGGGUUGAAGCUGAAGAAGGUGAGCUUCAUCGAGAAGGCGGAGCGGCGCGGCGGGGAGCCCGGCGGCCCCGAGGACGAGAGCUUCCUCGAGGAGGGCAGCCCCACCAUGGUGGAGAAGGGUAUGGACCCCGCGUCCGUCUUCGAGCUGUGCGAGGAUGAGGAGGAGGCCGAAGGUCCCCCCGGCAGCCCGGUCAGGGUGACGGAACCGGCGGUGGUUCCACGGGCCGGGCGGAGGAGGCGGACGGCUGAGAGCCGGGAGGAGGAGGAUGGUGAGGAGGAAGGGCGGAGGCGCAACCGGGCAUCGUGGAUCGACCCGCCGGAGGAGGACUACUCCACGCAGCUGACACAGGCCGAAGUGGAGAGCUGCAUGAAGAAGUACGAGGACACCUUCCAGGACUACCAGGAGAUGUUCAUCCAGUUCGGCUACGUGGUGCUCUUCUCCUCCGCCUUCCCCUUGGCUGCCAUGUGCGCCCUGGUGAACAACAUCAUCGAGAUCCGGAGCGACGCCUUCAAGCUGUGCACGGGGCUCCAGCGUCCCUUCGGCCAGCGGGUCGAGAGCAUCGGGCAGUGGCAGAAGGUGAUGGAGGCCAUGGGUGUCCUGGCCAUCGUGGUCAACUGCUACCUGAUCGCCCAGUGCGGGCAGCUCCAGCGCCUCUUCCCCUGGCUCAGCCCCGAGGGAGCCAUCAUCUCCGUGGUGGUGCUGGAGCACUUCGCCCUGUUCCUGAAGUACAUCAUCCAAGUGGCCAUCCCCGACAUCCCCGCCUGGGUGGCCGAGGAGAUGGCCAAGCUGGAGUACCAGCGCCGCGAGGCCUUCAAGAAGCACGAGCGGCAGGCGCAGCACCACUUCCAGCAGCAGCAGCGGCGCAAGCGGGAGGAGGAGGAGCGGCAGCGGCACGCCGAGUACCAGGCCCGCAAGGAGCGUGAGUCCAGCCGCGACGAGGCCAAGCCCGAGGCUGCCGGGCAGGACCCGGCCCACGAGAAGAGCCAGAACAAAGGGAAGGGCUCCGGGGGCACCUCGCACGGCUCUGACAAGCCCAAGCGACCCAGCUCCCUCCUGGCCACCAACAACGUGAUGAAGCUGAAGCAAAUCAUCCCUUUGCAGGGCAAGUUCCUCUCCGGGGGGGCCGGGGCCGGCAGCGUGGCCACCGCCAGGUCCCCCCAGUCCCCCACCGGCAGCGAGAACAAACUCCCCGGCUUCCUCAGCUUCAAGUUCCUGAAAUCCCCUGAGACUAAGCGGGACGCGGGGACCGAGAAGGUCCAGUCGCCCACCAAGCCAUUCAAUCCCGGCAAGCUCUUCAACUUCGGCAAGUCCGAAGGGGCCGGGGGCAACGGCGCCGUGGCCACCGCCUCCCCCCAGCCCCGGCCCGGCCCCUCGGCAGACACGGGCGAGCGGCCGGUCCCCAGCAAGUCCCAUCUCAACGGAGUGCCGGAGGAGGGGGGCCGAGAGGAGCCGGAGAGCCGGGCAGAGGAGGAGAGCGGGGGCUAUAAACUCUAACCGGACCUUUUGGGGGAGCGGGAGCGAGCGGGGCUGCCCGCUCCCCUCUUCAGGCAGCCGCGGACAUCGUCACCCUCUCGCCUCCCCUCGCCGUCCCCUGCCGCAGGGAGCGCAGGGCCGGGCUGAGCCCACCGGGUGCCAGCGCUGGCCCCUCGCUCUGCACCGUCCCCCUCUGCCGCAUCCCCUCGCGUCCCUCCAGCCCCUCCGCUGGGACCCCCCGCCACCCUGGCCCCAGCUCCGGCGGGGGUCCGGCCGCAUCCUGCACCAAGGACACCUGAGCAAAGCGCCAUCGGUGCGAGCAGCAGCAGGGUCUGGCCGCAGCUUCGGAUGGAGCAUCCCGACAGGUUUCCCUCCUGUGCCACUCCCCACGCUCACGGGUGGGAGAUGUCCCGGUCCGGCUCUGUGCCAUGAGCCCGGCGUCCCGGCUGAUGGCACCGCACCCACCGCCCCAAGGAGUCGGCACAGGGAGAUGCCGUGGUCCAGCCCGAGGAGACACAGGGGAGCUCAGUGCUGCCAGAUCCAUCAGGACCAGCCCGCCAGGCUCAGCACCGCAUCUCCGAUCGCAGAGGGAUGAGACCGCGGCGCUCACGGGAGCUGCGGCGAGAGGAGCCCAAUUCACCCGUGCCUACAGCCCCUGCCAUACAGCCAUCGCCCGGGGUCCUGCCGGCACUGGGGCCGUGCCCUGCUCCAUCCCGCUCCCGGCAGCCUCCGCGUGGAUUCCUUCCCAGCACCGGGACAUUUUCCUGCCCAAAACCCGGACAGCCGGGAGGGAGGGGGGUGAGCGGCAAGCGCCAGCCACCUGGAUUCCCAUGCAUGGGCAGCAUUUCUUGCACU